AUGUGCCUAACACGGGAAAGAGAGUGUAAAGAUAGUUGUAGCGAUUAUCCAUAGCUGUCCUCACACUCAAACGAGUUUGAAAUUCGUACAUACCGCUCCUAAGGGUGUUGCAGAGUGAGCGCUGGAGUGAUUGUUGCUAAUCCCAAAAACUCCAUUUACAGUUCUCAAUUGCCUCCAUUUCAGAAAAGCGCCUGCGCACUCUGCUCAUCCACACAGCUACACUCCACAAUGAGGAACAAGCAUGUGGCUCACAAGAAACGAAAUCCACGUCCAUCUGCCACUGGAGCGUCGUCACCGGCGUCAGCGUCGCCUCGUACAAGAUCUGCAUCUGGUGCAAGUGCAAGCAGAACAGGAGAUGCCCAAGCAACUUCUGGGAAGAAAAGAAAACCGCAUCGCUUCAGACCAGGAACGGUGGCUCUUAGAGAGAUAAGGCACUACCAGAGAACCUGGAAGCACCUGAUCCCUGCAGCCAGUUUCAUUAGACAAGUAAGAGCUAUUAGCCAGAACUUGGCUCCACCACAUAUCAGUCGCUGGACACCUGAAGCUUUAGUAGUAAUACAGGAGGCAGCUGAGGAUUUUUUGGUCCAGAUGUUUGGAGAUGCAAUGCUCUGUGCAAUUCAUGCAAAGCGUGUAACACUGAAAAGUCUAGGGAAGAGUAUUUUGCUGCAUCACUCUCAAGUGUCCAGCAUCUUCUUUGUGAUAGAAGAGGAAAAAGCUUUAUUUUGUCAUUUUUAGGUGUAUGUUUUCAUAUCUUUCAUUUUAGAUUCAUCCACAAAAUGUUUCCUUUGAAUUAUGCUUUGGUAAAAAAUUAGCGUCAUUCUCAAUAUUGAAUUGAAUCUUCCAAUCAACAUAUACAUUUUGCUGGCAUAUUAUUUUUUCUAAUUUGUUUGGAGGAACUAAACUUUAUGGGUUCUCACAUGCCUUUGUGUUAGGAUGAAAAAUUUGGUUGUCAUUAACAAAACAUUCAUAAUCGAUUGGAAGAGUAUGUCUUGUCCCCACAUAUAUUUGUAUUAUAUUGUUGAUUAUCAAAGGCAUGUUUUCGGAAAUUGUUAGUGGUAAAUGUUUGACCUUUUUAUCCUGGUACGUGACAAUGAUAGGAAGUUUUGCAUCAUAAUUCAAUUCCCUCAAGAUCUUAAUAACUGCAGUAUGUUAGAGAAAUUCAUUAUUGAUCAUUCACAAUGACAAUGGGGAAAGCCCUCUACAAUCUACAGUAGUCCUUACACAAAUGCUGGUAUUCCUUUCUUGUAUGUUUGUAUUUGUCAAUUUCUAGUUGAGUUCAUUUACUUUUCUUCUUGAAAAGUAUUUAAAAUUUUCAUGAUUGCUUAAUGCCAAAAGACAAAACUAACUUGUUUCCUUAUCUGGCUCAGUGCAAAAGGACAUUCAGUUGGCAAGACGCCUUGGAGGGUAUGGGCGGCCAUGGUGAGAGAAUUGUACCAUAGCCAACAUCUUAACCCAAUGUAGAGAUUCAUUUGUAAUUUUGAUUAUUAAUUAAUCUGCUAUCACUUAAUUCUCAGAAUGAUAGAUCAGUGCAUUGAGCUUACCAUCUUACCCUCUAAUUGCGUAGGGAGAAUUAGAAAGCUCCAUGGUAGUGUAGUUCUUGAUGAGUUUGUUACUUUAUGUAAUUGUAGUUUUCAGGAGGGAGAAGAGAACAAUUCAUUUUGUGAAGACCUUCAAGGCUAAGAUCCUUUCAUUUAAUGAAGCUCAGUAAAUUGUACCCUUUUUU